UCAUCAAGCAUCAUCAACUCCUCUCUAGAAACCCCCUCUCAUCACCACUCACAACAACAACAACAACAAUGGCCCCCAUCAGCCUCUACAACGCCUCCAUCCCCAAUUCAAAACCGGCCUCACCGUCCUCUCCCGAAUCCUCACCAAAGCAGCUCUCCACUUUCCCGACUCUCCCGAUUCCAUCCUGACUGCGAGGGCAUGCUUCCCCUGCCAGACCACGUCCUGCUCGUCUCCAACAUCGCCAAGAAGUCGCUCACGCGCAUGGCCGGGAUCCAGGUCAACGUGUGGCCCGACGAUGAGGGCACGGUGGAGAAGCUGAUUGCGCGGUGCGAGCGCACGAUUGCGCUGCUGGACAGCGUGGUGCCACGGGACGUCGACGGGCACGAGGGGGGUACGGUGGAGUUUCGGCUUGGGGGGGGGGGGUUGAAGAUGACGGCGGAGGAAUAUUUGAUGAAGUACGCGGUGCCGUUUUUUGGGUUCCAUUUGGGGCUGGCGUAUGCUAUGCUUCGGAUGAAGGGGGUGGAGUUGGGGUUUGCGGAUUGUUUGAUGCCGGGGGUUGGGCCUUUAGAAGUCUAA